GAUGUGAAUUUAUAUUACAUGUUCAGGUCAUGCUUACUAGUUUAAAAUCAUUUGUUUCGGCACUAGUUCAUGGUGCGAAGGUGCCUAGAGUUUUAAUGGCGGAGGGUAACGAACAAGGUGAUGCAAAACAGUUGUUGAGGAAAUCCUACAACUUUUUCCUUAAUUGCACUUACAAGGUUCUAUCAGUUGGUCCCAUCCCAGAACAUGUCGCCUUUAUCAUGGAUGGAAAUCGAAGGUAUGCAAAGAUGAACAACAUUGACCCAGAGGAUAGUCAUAGGCCAGGAUUCAUAGCCCUCAUGUCAGUUAUCAAGCAUUGCUAUGAGCUUGGUGUAAAAUACAUAACAAUCUACGCCUUCAGCCUACACAAUUUCAGGAGAAAGCCUGAAGAAAUUGAGAGGUUGAUGAAUUGGAUGAGAGAAAAAAUCGAUACAUUUCUUGAGGAUGAUGGUUUUAUCAAAAGGUAUGGUGUUAGAAUAUACUUUGUAGGGAAAUUGGAGGAGCUAAGUGAAGACCUUCAGGUUGCAACCAACAAGGCGAUGGAAGUAACAGCCAAUAAUACAACAACAUACCUGCUAGUAUGUGUGGCUUAUACUUCAACAGACGAAAUUGCUCAUGCUGUAGAAGAAUCUAUUCCUUACAAUGUUACGAUUAGAAAACAGGAAAACAACCUUGCUACUUUCAAAAUCGAGUUAGCAGAACUAGAAAAACAAAUGUACAUGGCAGUAGGACCGAUGCCAGACAUUUUGGUUCGAAGUUCAGGAGAGACAAGACUCAGCAACUUCCUUCUUUGGCAGACCGAUAGAUGCCUCCUGUAUAGUCCUUCUGCUCUGUGGCCAGAGCUUGGGUUAGGCAAUUUGGUGUGGGCAGUAAUCAGCUUCCAAAGGCACUAUCUCUAAUUGCAGAAAAUACGAAAAUCGUUUUAAUGUUUGCUAGCUCCUAUAUGUUUUUGCUUUGCUAUACUAGGGUACACUUAAUGAUCUUGGCCAUUAUAUGUGACGUCCAUGCUAAAUCAUGGAUCAUCAUCAACAAAAUGAAUGUCUGUAGUCCUGUUUUAACUGUUGAAUGAAUCAGAUUAGACACUUUUUUUUAUC